GUAGAGAACCACAGCAAAAUGGGACUGCACGUUUUUUGGCCAGCGACCGCUUGUCUGACGCUUUUCAUCUGUUGCGUGAUAAUACUCAUGCUAAAAUACGGUUCCCGUAUUUGCAAACUGCGGCACGCCCCGCUUCCCUCCGAUCAGGAAUGGGAGGAGAAAGCAUAUUCGCGAAAUCUUUCGGUCUCUAUGGCAUAACGUUAACGAGUAAAAAAUAUCGCUUUAUAUUUCUACGACAUGCUUUCCGUCCAAGAAACACGAUCCAGAUUGAAAUUAAGCAUUGCCAUUUGGAAACAUGCUUCAAACAUUUCGAUCGUAAAUCGGGAAACUAGUUUUUACGAGUUUCGCAGUUAAUAGAAUUGCGUGCCUUUUAUACGUUACCUUUUAUAUUAUACAUAUACAUAUGUACCAUGUAGCGUAAAGAGUUUUUAACAAACGUCCGUCCAUUUUUACAUAUACAUUAUAUACUAACGACAUAGAAGAACAACGUGCAAUUUUUGUUCUUCUUCGAGAUAAUUUUCGGGCCUAUGAAAAAUGUGCCAAUACGUUCACGGGAACGUAAGCAAUGAUUUUCAAUUUUUGAAAAAAUUUCACGUUUCAUCGCACUUCACGUAGGAUGAGUGAAAAGGAAAACGAAAUAUUUGCGAGGCCUAUCGAACUGUUCAAAGUAUUAAAAAAGAACUGUAUGCGUCCCACUUUUAUAACAUUGUCCAAUCUUUUGUAAUUUUUAUGUAUGUUUUUCGUACAAAUAAAAUAUGCUUGUCUCUACAGAUAAAAUAAAA